UUGAUCCUUUUUCAUGAUUAGUUGACGGUUAAAUGUGAGCAUUAAGGACCGUCAACACUCAGCCAUCUUCUUGCUCCUACAGCGGUAGCCGAUUGGAGAGGAGUUCCAUUGACGGACAGAUAAACAGAAGCAAAAGCAAUUGACGAUUCGAUUCGAUCUGAUCCGCCAUGAAGCCCCUCACGCAAGAAUUCACCUUGGGGUGCUGAUGAGAGGCUCCAGGAAUCCACCGCCAUGAUCACCAACUACCCCGCUAAGAUCUUUGUUAUUAUUAGAAGGUUUUCUAGGAGUAAUUUAUCACAAAUGCAGAAGAAGUACCUAGUUCCCUCUGACAUGCCAGUUGGGCAGUUCAUUUUCAUACUAUACCCCAGGCUGCACCUAUCUCCAGGAACAACUCUCUUUAUGUUUGUAAACAACACUUUGCCCCAAAUAGCUAGCCUGAGUGGAAGUGUUUAUGACUCGUACAAGGACAUGGACGACUUCCUUUACAUGUGCCACAACAGCGAGAAGACAUUUAGCUGAGCUAGCAUGCUCUAGAAAUUUUCUCUGCUUUGCAGCUAGGUAGGCCAUGCUGCAUGUGUAAAUGUGUUGUCUUUAGUUAGUCUGUGUAUAAACAUUGUGCAUGUUGUUAACUCUGUAUAUAUUAGUAUUCAUAUUGUGCUAUACUUUGUAUUUAUGUAUGUACUAAAAGAAGUAUGUAUAUCAUUAUCAUUCUCAUGUGACUUUGGAGAGGCAU